AAUUAUUGCACUAUUGUAACCUACAUACUCCUCCUGUCAUAAUCGCCUAUUAUGAGCCAUUUUGAUAGCUGGAACGUACUAACCGAAGAAGAAGACGAAGAACUUCAAGAUGCCUCGUUUUUCGAAGGAAAGAGGGACGUGAUAUUGCUCUGCAUAGAUUGCUCGGAAUCUAUGCAAGAGCUUCGAGAUGACCCUGUUUAUGAAAACGUGAAGACAUGCCACCUAUUGACAGCUCUCGAAGCUGCGGUACAAAUCCAGAAGAAAAAGGUGAUCGUAGGACCAAAUGAUUCAAUUGGAAUAUUACUAUUUAAUACAACACGGCAAAGCGACACAAAGGAUCAUACAUCCGAAAUUAAGAAGAAUACAUUCGCGUUUCAGCCCAUUACGCAGAUCAGCGCUCCAAAAAUUCAGGAGCUGAUACAAUUACUGGAUGCUGCAAGGGAUGAUCCAGACGUUCUCAAACAGACCUUCCCACCUCUUACCGGGAAAAAGAUCCCAAUGGGUGAUGUGUUUACUAGCUGUAACUGGUUUCUGCGCGAUGGUGCUCCAAAAACAGCUUCGAAGCGUGUCUUUCUGAUUACUGAUGAAGACAACCCUAAUCCUUCUAGCGCGCAGCUUCUCACAUCUUCUAGAACAACUCUUCUCGAUCUUACCCAAUCAGGCGUCCAGGUCGAGCCAUUUUUUAUAUCAACUCCGGACAAGCCCUUUGAUGCUAAUAAGUUUUAUUCCUCUGUGUUAUUGUCAGAUAACGUAAACGACGAAGAUUCAGACGAAUCUGGAGUCCUUCCGGAGUCUAUCUCCAUAACUCGUAUUGAUGACCUCCUUUCUCAAAUGCGAUUUCACGAAGUACCUAAGCGAGCAUUGUUCAGCAUACCGUUCGAGAUGGCAAAAGGCCUGGUCAUUGGGAUAAAGGGAUACGGGCUAGUGACAGAACAGAAGAAAGGGGCAUACAGGUAUUUUGUAGACUUGGGUGAUAGGAUGGAAGUUGCUUGCAGUCGAACAGUGUAUCUCGAUGAGGAUCAACAAGCAGAAAUUGACAAAUCGAAAAUCGUCUUUGGCAUGUCUUUGGGUGUGCCCGUCACUGACGAGACCAGUGAUGUAGAAGACAAUGGUUUUGGCACACGAAUUGUUCCCGCCGGAAAACGACCCUUUUUCGACGCGGAUGAGGUGAGAUCCUUCAGAACUCUUAAUCUUGAUCCAGUCAUCAAGCUACUCGGCUUCAAAGAUAAACAAGAACUGGCUUUUGAGGAUAAUGUCAAACAUUCUUACUUUAUUUAUCCAGACGAACUUAAAUUUUCAGGAAGCAAGCGCACCUUUAGUGCUCUUUUGAAAACCAUGCUGGCUAAGGGUAAGAUUGGGUUAUGCAUAGCUUUAACGAGACGAAAUGCAUCCCCCACCUUUUGCGCAAUGCUUCCUCAGGCCGAAAAAAUCGAGGAAGGUGGAUGGAACGAGCCUCCUGGAUUUCACGUCAUUCCUUUGCCAUUUGCCGACGACAUUAGAGCGGCUCCCCUAGAAGAAGGAUAUCGAGCGUCCGACAAGAUAAAGGAUGCAGCGAGAACAUGGAUCGACAAACUUUGCGUGAAAAAUGGAGCAUACCCUCCCGACUCAUAUCCCAAUCCAGCACUUGCUUACCAUAAUGCUCAGCUCCAAGCUGCUGCAUUUCGUGAGGAGUUUGACGCUGAAGCGUUCGACGACCUGACAAAACCGAAGCUGGAUAUGAUACACAAGCGGGCAGGAAGUCUCAUGAAGGAGUGGAAGCGGGAGCUUGUGAAAGAUGACUCUGCCAAUAUGGUCAUUGUAACAGCUGGGUCAAAGCGGAAAGCAGAUGUUAGCGUCGAUGAAGCUGAAUUACGUAGUAAAUAUGAACAAGGAACUCUUGCCAAGCUGCGGGUGGAUCAGCUGAAGGAUUUCCUCAAGAACAAGAGCCAGUCGGUUUCAGGAAAGAAGGCAGAACUGAUUGACCGUAUAGCGGAAUGGAUGGAGACUCACAGCUAAUUUGCUGUCAUUAAUAUACAAUCAUCCACGACUAGACUUGCAUGAUCCACAGUAUUUUCACAGGAUCUGUCAAAGUAUCUGUCCUCUGUAUCCCUGCAUUGGUAUCUGUUGUAGUACGGUACAGAAUAAUAAUUUCUAAUUU